CACGCCCUUUCUUUAGUUCAAAGAAGGCGAUGAGUCGUUCUCAUAUGAUCUACGACGACCGGCCGCUGGCCCAGGAAGGCGUCAAGACGAGUAAAUGGAACGGGAAAUGGGAUCCUCAGAGCCUCUCCAGCAAUGGUACUGGUGUUCUGAUGGAGGGAGUGUUCCAUAAGAUGGUCAAACACACCAUACAAGACUCCACGGGGACUAAGUAUAGAUUCUUAGUGAUCCCAUGUGGAGUUCACAGGUGGCUGUUUGAGGAGGUUUGACUCACGAGGACAAGAGAUCGAGGCCAACUUUGGCCAGACCUCACUAGUCAGAACUGGAUACCUCCAUUCCUCAUACAAGCAAGAGACAAAAGUAGCGGCAGACACAGUGGACUACAAGAUGGUGGAGUCAUUACUCCAUUGCCAGCUCUCUUCUCUCGUUACCCCUACUCACUCCGGGGUACUCUGUCUCUGGGGUGAGGAGGAAGCCUACUCCCAUGUCGAGGUGGAGUACGGACAACCAAUCAGAGUCAAAACGAGAGGAAACUCUCCACUAAUUGACUCGUUCACAAAGCUGGAUAUGGUACAGAAGACGAGAUCAUCAAAUUUCACUGGGGGCGAGGCCACGGGGGCUAGCUGGACAUCUAAAGUAAUGGGAGUUAAGCUGAUGAAGGAGGUCCCUAGCACUCUAGCACAGGACGCAGUGGAGGGAGCUGCUGAUGAUGAGUGGGAUGACUAGCUGCUGCCAAAAUGUUUCAGGUUCUAUUUUUAGCUCAACAAAACAAUUCAGUGACACGUACCAUCAGGCAUUAGUUCAUGUAUAAUUGAGAUAAUGUAAUGAUGAUGUAAUGUGAAAUGAUCA